CCCCCGCCAAGCAGGUGCACAGUGCACGUGACAAUGCCACGCUCCUUUCUGGUCAAGAGUAAGAAGGCUCAUUCCUACCACGAGCCCCGCACACAGGACGACGCCAUCUGGCAUCCGACCCCCAGCCCCGCAGCCAAGAACCAGGUCAUGAGCCAUGGCCCUGCUCUCAGCUCGCUGUUCCCGAAUCAGCACUUGGACUGGGCCAGCCUCAAAUGGGAACCAGAGCCGGAGCUCGAGAAGGGCUUGCCCAGGGUGCCUGCGGCCCCAGAGAGGACCCCUGUGAUGUCCAGAGCCCAGGAACGGGACUUGCCACCUUCAGACUCGCCCCCCUUCUACAAACCCAGCCUCUCCUGGGACACGCUGGCCUCAUCCUAUGGCCACAGCUACCGGCAGGCCCCCUCCACCAUGCAGUCCGCCUUCCUGGAGCACUCGGUCAGCCUGUACGGCAGCCCCCUGGUGCCCAGUGCUGAGCCACCCUUGGACUUCAGCCUCCGUUACUCCCCUGGCAUGGAUGCCUACCACUGUGUCAAAUGCAACAAGGUGUUCUCCACCCCCCACGGGCUCGAGGUGCAUGUCCGGCGCUCCCACAGCGGCACACGGCCCUUCGCCUGUGACGUAUGUGGUAAGACCUUCGGCCACGCCGUGAGCCUGGAGCAGCACACGCAUGUUCACUCCCAGGGGACCCCCCUGGCGGGGUCCGGUCCGGCGCCCGGCGUGGUGCUCCCCGCGCCUGACCCCGCGGCGCCUCGUUUCCUCCGGCAGGAGCGCACCUUCGAGUGCCGGAUGUGCGGCAAAGCCUUCAAGCGCUCGUCCACGCUGUCCACGCACCUGCUCAUCCACUCGGACACGCGCCCCUACCCCUGCCAGUUCUGUGGCAAGCGCUUCCACCAGAAGUCGGACAUGAAGAAACAUACCUACAUCCACACGGGUGAGAAACCACACAAGUGCCAGGUAUGUGGCAAGGCCUUCAGCCAGAGCUCCAACCUCAUCACCCACAGCCGCAAGCACACGGGCUUCAAGCCGUUCAGUUGUGAGCUGUGCGCCAAGGGCUUCCAGCGGAAGGUGGACUUGCGGCGGCACCGUGAGAGCCAGCACAGCCUCAAGUGAGGGGCCCCUCCUCCCCACCCCCACACAGCAGGCCCUUGAGCUGGUGUAGAGCUCUCUGGGACUUUUGCUGAGUGACCUCAGAGGAGCUACGUUCACUCUCUGCUCCAAUGCUGAUGCCAUGCCUGGGCACUGCUGGGCCAAGUGCGCCCAGGCACCUCCUUACUGGCAAAACAGAGGAAGAAGCCAUGACACCCCAGGGACCUCUGUGCCAGGAGGCCCAGGACACACCAGGGAGCUUCCCCUCAUGCUGGCCAUCUCGGCUGCCUUUCUGGCUGCUACUCCGGCCAGUGAGGGGGGUCUGCGUCCUGGGGCUGCUGCCCUGUCCCGGGCGGCUGUGCACUGUGCAGCAGGCCCCUGUUCCCGUGCUCAGGGAGCAGCUGGCAGGUGCUGCUACCCACAGCCUGCACCCCUCGGGUGCUGUAAAUAUCAAUAAAGGCCCAUACUGCAAAUGAGAGCAGUAUCU